AUGAGUUCCGUGACGCUUAUUAGCAACCCUACCCCGGAUGUCACAACCUACGAGUGGCGUCCGGUAGGCGUUUCUCAACUCAUGCGAGAGAACAAGCUUACGUCGCCACCAUUUUGGAUGCCCAACGCCCAAAUGCGAAAGUAUCAGUUCCGAUUCAUCAUGCUUCGAGGGUUAGUAGAAGCUAAGGAAGCUAAGGAUGAUCCCUACGGUCUGAUAGUAGAGCUGCUGCAGCCGCCACCCGAUGCUGACGUUGGUAAAACGGGUCCAGCUAUCAAACCCCCUAGUGCUUACCCUGGUGGGUGCUCCAUCACGGUUCUCGUGGUAAGUCAUGAUAAUGACACAAAGGAUAUCACAGCUACUGCUGCUACCAUUUUUAGUGAGGAAAACUUGCAGGUUUCCUUUCCAGAGUUGAUUUCCUAUGAGGAGGCUCAACACGCGGCCUAUCUCGUCGGCGAGCCCCUAACAUUCACACUGCGCGUUACUAUUCAAUUUGGCGUUAGCGUUGUCGCUCAGCAUGUGGUGAACACUGUGUCAUCAUUAUGGACAUCAUUCCUAACUUCGGUAGACCAUUUUGUAGGCAAAACCGCUGAAGCGCUCCAAGAAGGACGUAAAGAGCUCGAGGAGUUGGUGCAGCACUCCAUGGAAGAAGACUCAACACCGCACGGGAAGGCAUUAGACCCGCCACCGCCGUGGGAGGUGCCACCACCUAAGUGGGCGGCUCGAGCGGAGGCGUGGCGCCACCUCGUGUCUGAACAGAUUGUAGAGGACGAUGGGGUUUAUUUGUAUGGCCCCGAGCGGUCCAUUACCGAGGGUCAGAGAAAUGUCCUGUUAGAGGUUGGCCUCAAUUAUCAUGCGCUGCUGGAAAAGUACAACGAGUUCGACUACGAUCGAGAUAUUUCAGUUAAAUUGCUUGAGAGUCGAGGGAUACGACAGAACCGGUAUAUUUUGGUGCCGUCGAGGAUAAAGGAAGAGAUCUUUUGGGCCAACUACUUCUGGAAGGUGGCGUGCUUGGGAGUGUGUGAGAGUGAGACUCAAGUAAGGGCUCUGCUGACGGUACUGAAUGCACCCCCGCUGCCAAAGUCCGGUUAUAAAGAGCAGGUGGGACCCACUGUGUCCAAUGAGGUGGUUGCAAAGUUGAAAGACGCGCAGGAAGCCUCCGACAUCCUCAUGGAGUAUUUGAGUGACACAAAGAGUACCGACGGAGGGUUUCUGAUGGAAGCCGCCGCUGUGACGUGUGAGGGCCACCUCAGACUGCUAGAACUCCUCCAGGGCCAAGAGAUGGAGGAGGAGACCUCAGUCCUUCUGACCUCGACGCUGCAGCGGCUCCGGGAGCGCAUCGACAAGUACCAUGAUAUGGUAUCUCAGCGCCCCAACGGUGCCAAUGAAAUUCCCAGUGCCACUUCCAGGGAGUCGGUCGCAUUGAACGAGGAAGACACUGCUCCACCAGUCAAUGAAAUGCCUUCCCUACAACCGGAACCCAAGCGCGAACUUAGUGGGGAGGCGGCCUUGCCAACGCAGACACCGCCUCCGUGCCCCUCUCACACUGAGCAGAAGAAAGAGGAAGACCAUACCGAUUCUUUAGUCGAGUCGCAAAAGGGGUCUGUUGAAUAUUCUAAACAUGCCGUCCCAGUCGAUUUCCCUAAAAUGCCAUGGGAAGAGUAA